CCCACAGGACCCUCACUUAUCCACUCAUUCAAGCCCUGGGCUUUCUGUAAGCUACACAGCUCUGGGCCAAGGGGGAGGGAACAGUAGCCCUGACCCCUGGCCUUGUCUGCAGGCCUGGCCUGCUGUCCACCAGGGGCCUGGGGAACAGCCACCUCCCACCCAAUCUGAGGCCAGAGGCCUAUCCUCGGGUUGUUGCUAUUCCUGCCAAAGGGGAGAGGUGACCGCAGCUCAGCCCUGGAGAGCUGGACAGACUCCACAACAGAGCAGAGGGGCCAGGCUCAGGGACGCAGCUCGCACCAACUGGGUCCUGUGGAUAAGCCGGUGGCCCCUCCAGGCCACAGCCAGAGGGAGGCAGCAGGCCCUUCACCUGUGUGCCCUGCGGGGCUGCCCCUGGCCCCCCUCCUCAGUGGGCAGGAGGGGCUCUGCCAUCCCUGACGAAGCGGACACUGCUGGCACCUGCAGAGCGGGGCUGAUUCUGAGCUACGAGGACCCCGGAGGGAGCCAGGACCAUGUUCCAGUAAAUGAAGACCACGGUGCCAGCCCCGCACCCCGACCCCCGGCCAGGGCCCCGACGUCAGCCCAGAAGAAAUGAGGCCACGUGGGGCUCACAGGUGCCCAGGGCGGAAAGGGACAGUGACAGGAAGCAGCCCCGCUCCAUCCUGAGACGCGGCCAGCCCAAGCCAGGGCCUCCGGGGGCCGACCCACAGAGGAUUUCCAGGCACGUACGGUUCCGAGAGCCCUUGGAGGCGGCCAUUCAUUACAUCGCCAGCAGGGACACCAGGGCCACCGUCAAGGUGUCGGGCCGGCGCCUGCCCCGCCGCAGGUCCCUGCUCCAGCGCCUGCCGGGCGGCAGCUCCCUGCUCCUGCGGCUCUCCGUGUGCAUCCUGCUCGGGGCAGCUCUGGGCCUGUGCUGUGGCCGGGCCAAAUCCAUUGCCACACCCCUGGAGGACCUCCGAGCCCGGCUCCUGGUCCUCCUCAUGCGCCUGUGGCACUUGCUCCUGGCCUGCUGGCACUGCCUCCUGAGUGUCUGGCCAGUGGCCAGCCAGGACGUCCCCUCUGGGCAGCCCUGGGUAGAGGAGGGUUAGGGUAGGGCGUCAGGCAGUCCUCGGGCCCCAGCCAGGAGAGGGCCCUGCCAGCUUGCUUGGCCAACCCAGGACUCGUGGCAGGGGGACCUAGGGACAGUGACCGCCUUGACUGGAGGCCAGACGGGAGACGCGCUGCCCCGCCCAGCGUCACCUCCCCGCCAUUUUAUGUGUUGGGGUACACUGUGAGAGUCCGUCAGAGGACGAAUCCAACUGGCAGCUGUUGGGCCUCACCUCCCUCGACCCAGUGGGGACCCUGGCCUGAAUGGGGGGAUACACGGAGGCAAGUCCUGCCUGGACACCCAGCUCACUCUCUUCUACUGCUUAAGGGAUGGAUCCCCCAGGCCUCAGAGACCAUGGGUAGGGGUCUCCAGGGUUUCCUGCAGCUUCAGGGUCAGGGGACCCCAGGGUGGAGGAGCCCUGCAGAGAGGCCCUGUUCCCAGAAGUGGCCUCCAGAGGACCAUGGUGGGGGUCAGGGGACCCCUGGUUACCACUUCCCUGCACCAGCCCAGCCGCCCCCAGACCUGUGCCACCUCACCCACCCUGGGAGGAGGACAGGCAGGUCCCCACCCCUACUGCAAAUUAGAAGGAGGCUCUGAGAGGAGGCUCACGGCCCAGGCUCAGCCCCUGGGCAUGGGCUGCCUCUCAACCUGGUUCUGGGUCAGGGCUGGAAGGGGGCUGGGCCCCCUCCCCAUAGCUAGCUGUCCACUGCCAAGAUGGCAGAGAGAAGUGUCCAGCUCUCAGGCCCACAGAACUGCCAUCCCAGCUGUUUUUGUAAUAAAUGUUGCUCAAACAAGGA